CCGCAAGUGUUCGUCUUCCCAAUUGAUCUCUCUCUCUCUCUCUCUCGUUCUCUUCACACAGAAAAAACCUCUCACCACGGUAACAAAAAAAAAAACCCUAAAUCGACGCGUCUCCGUACACUGCUCCGCCUCCACUUUCCGCUGUUUCAACUUGUUUCAACUUUCGAGUAACGGAAUCCUAGCAGCUUGCUGCUGCUAGUAUCUCAUUCUCGCCGCCGGAAGAACGGUUUCGCACCUCCGAUUCAACGUGUUUAAAGAUUUUACUACGUCUGCUGUUCAAUGAGCACUGGUAUUGCAUCUACAUCUUUUGUUCCAAUGGACGUUUCUGAGGCUGAAGAUGCAGAUAUAAAAAGUUGGAACACGUUAUUCAACGCUUUGAAAUCUUGUGGGAUUCUACACGGUGGUACUAUAAACCCCUCAGAAAUUGCAAUGGGACUUGAGUAUGAAGAAGCUAGAAAAGAGUCACUAGAACUGAAAAGUCAUCUCAGGAGCGUUAGAAAUAAGGUGGAGUUGGUGAAUUUGAGAAAUCAACUUAAAAAUCGAGAAAAGCUGGACAGUUUUAUUAUGUUAGAGUCAAGUAAUAAACGCUUUGAUACCACUCUCAGAAUUGACCUCAGAGAUCAAGAACCACAGGAAGCGAUUUCGUUUUUAAAAAUCCAUAUAUGGAUCGGCUACAACCUCAGAACUGUGCGUCACAUAAAUGUAAUAACUGGAAAUACAAAUCAAGAUUUGAACUUAAAGUUAAAGAUCAGUAAUUUCUUAUUUCAUACAAAUGUUCAUUCCGAAGAAAACAGCAUCAGAGAUGGAUUCGAUAUUGCAUUUUAUCCAGGCCAAAAAGACGCUAUCUUUCCGUGUGAAGAGAUUCGGUCGGGGAAUGAUUCUGAAGUACAAAGUUGGGAGAGAGUUUUACAAUCUUUACUAUCAUGUAACAAAUUUCAUGAAAAUAUUAACCUGCAAGAUGUUGGAACAAUUGCCGACUGUAGAGAUUUCAAGGAAAAAACAUCAGAAAUGGAAACUCAAGUCAAAUGUGUUGAGAAGCUUGUUGAAGAGUUUAUAUCUACCGGACAACUAAAACUUGCAAAUGAAUGGGAACAACAUGUAAAAGCAGCAAGAAAGAAGAUAGAUAAUGAUAAGAAGAAAAAUAGCUUCAAGCUAAUUGAGUUGAGGCAUAAAGAAAUUCGAAAUCAAAUAAUUUUUGAUUUACAUGGUCUCCAUACUGAUGAAGCUCUAUGGUUUGUAAAGCUUCAUCUAUUCUUGUUUUAUAACCUUCGGACUGUAAAAGUGAUAUAUGUAAUCACUGGGCAUGGUGAAUCUAGAGACAAUGUUUCGGUGCUGAAAGAGAAGGUCGGUAAACUGUUAACAAAAAUUGGAAUCCAACCUGUACUUUCAAAUAAAGGCCGAUAUGAAAUACAACUUCCUGAGGAACAAAAAGAUUUUAACUGUUUGUUGGAUAAUUCAGAUUGGAAUUGAUAUUCAUGUUUUUUUUUAGUAUUUUUAAAAUGAUGAAAUUGAGGACUUAAUCCAGAAAUUGCAGCAACAC